UAUAUAUAUAUAUAUAUUGUUUUCAUAUUCGUUUCUUGACCUUCAACGCUAGCUAUUCCAGCUAUAAAUCUUGGGUGGGUCUUUUGCACUAAAAUCUACAUCGCAAUAAUAUCGUGGGUUUUUCCUUGAUAGUUUGAGAAGUUGAGUUGGUGAGAAGACAUGGCGAAUUGCGGAGAAAGUAAAAAGAGAGUGGUGGUUCUUGGUGGAGGCAUGGCUGGUUCCCUUGUUGCUAAGACUCUUCAAUACUCUGCUGAUGUUACCCUCAUUGACCCGAAAGAGUAUUUUGAGAUAACAUGGGCAAAUUUGAGGACAACGGUGGAGCCAUCAUUUGGAGAGAGAACAGUCAUUAACCAUAGAGAUUACCUUGUCAAUGGACGUAUUCUCACAUCUUCUGCAACCAAUGUCACUGAAAAUGAAGUUGUCACUGCUGAUGAUCAUGUUGUUCCCUACGAUUAUCUUGUCGUUGCCACUGGCCAUGUGGAGCCUGUCCCCCAAACAAGGACUGAGAGACUUAAUCACUACCAAAAAGAGAAUCAAAAGAUUAAAUCUGCCAAGUCAAUUUUGAUUGUUGGAGGAGGUCCCUCUGGUGUGGAGCUUGCUGGAGAAAUAGCUGUUGAUUUCCCGGAUAAAAAGCUUACUCUAGUGCAUAAGGGUUCAAGGUUGCUGGAGUUUAUUGGACCAAAAGCUGCUGAUAAGGCACUAAAUUGGCUGAAGGCACAUAGAGUGGAAGUAAAAUUGGGACAAUCGGUCGAUCUGCGCAAUGUUUCAGAUGAAGGCACAUAUGCAACAUCAGCAGGAGAAACUAUUCAAGCAGAUUGCCAUUUCCUGUGCAUAGGAAUACCACUAGGCUCAGCAUGGCUUAGGGAGUCUAUAUUGAAGGAUAAAUUGGAUAAUCGUGGAAGGUUGAUGGUUGAUGAAAAUUUACUAGUCAAGGGGCACAAGAACAUAUUCGCAAUCGGAGAUAUUACCGAUAUUCCCGAGGCUAAACAAGGGUAUUUGGCUCAAAAGCACGCUUUAGUGACUGCUAAGAACAUUAAUCUAUUGAUGGAUGGACAAAAAGAAAGCAAACUGGCAACAUAUCAGCCUGGAUCUGCAAUCGCAAUUGUUUCACUGGGGAGGAAAGAAGCAGUGGCACAAUUUCCAUUUGUGACGAUCAGCGGCUGUAUUCCGGGUAAGAUCAAGUCCAAAGAUUUGUUUGUGACUAAAACGAGGAAGGAUCGGGGGUUAGAUUCUGGUAUUCCAAGUUCGAAGAAUAAAUGCAGUUAGUUUUGACAACGUUAUCCUUUGAUUAUAAUGUAUUGAUGAACGUUUCUUUACUUGUAAACUUAUAUCUUUGUUUUCCUGGUUGCUGUACCAUUACUAUGAUAAUGUCUUGUUGAAGUUUUCCUUGUUUAAAAUGUCAAUGUUUUUAAUUA